GGCCUGCUAAUUGCCAGAGCUAUUGCGCAGAACCGCGAGAAGCUGGCCAACCACUGGAAGACCACGGAUGAGGGUGCUAUCUCGCGUGGGUGCUUCGAGUCGGUGCUGCCACGGGAUCGAUUCAUGGAGAUCUCUCGUAACCUACACUUCAACCCCAAC